AUCAUCAUCUCUCAUCAUGCAAAUCUUCAACUGAAUAACAACAGAGUUGAGUAAAGCAAUAAUGGCGAAGAGCAAAGAUGACAUAAAGUAUGCAACAGCACAGGCAAGGCUUUCAGAAGAUGAAGCAGUAAGGGUGGCGUAUGUCAACGGCACUCCCCUUGAAGGGGGAAAGAUCUCUGAUUCUCAACCAGUUGAUAUGUUUGCAAGUGCACGCAAUGUUGCACCAAAAGAUUCAAACGCUGAUAAUAAUCAAUCUCAGAUGCAGAAAAGUCGCAGACCAGAAGAAGCUUCUUCUGCAGAAUUCACCAGGGAUAAACUCUGAACGCCAUUAACGACACAACAACCUUAAAACUUUACGUGUGUGUGGUUUUGUAGUCUUUCUUGAUCCUUUGUUUCUUUCUUUUUGGUUUUGAUUUUUCCCAGUGACGUGCAUGGCAUGUUAUCAACAAAGAAUGUGAUGACUUCCUAAGUUUUUCUAAUAAAAUAGAGGUUUUUUUCAGACUA